CACUCGUGUUUCUGCAGAUGCUUUCUUUACCUGCUGCUGACAUCCAAGAACUAACCAUGAUCCUCCAGACUGUUGUGCUCAGUGUGCUCCUCUGCUCUGUCCACACUUUCACUUUACAGACAGGCCAAUUUCAGACUGAAAAGAGUGAUGAAAACUUAGGAAACACCUUUGAAGAUGAUGAAUUCAGCAUCUCCACGCUGUUAGACAAGGCCAAUGUUAAUGUUGGAAAGAACGCUGACGACCCUCUGGUGAUAUUCGGAGACAUAGCAGUGCCAACGGGUCUGCAAAACGCUGAUCCCUGCACUGGUCGGGCUCAAGGGUGCCUGUGGCCUAAAGCCACAGAUGGAAACGUCUAUGUACCUUACCGCAUCUCCAACCAGUACUCACGAAGAGAAAGAGACGAAAUCAUCCGAGGUCUGAGGUCAUUUGCAGAGACCACCUGCAUCCGCUUCACGCCCCUGAAUGGACAGAGAGACUUUGUGGACAUCCAGUCCAGCACAGGGUGCUUCUCUUUUGUGGGGCGUCGCGGUGGUGGACAGACAGUAUCACUGAGACGACAGGGCUGCAUUUUCCGACAGAUCAUCCAGCAUGAGCUGCUCCAUGCCCUGGGCUUCAACCAUGAACAGACCCGAUCCGACAGGGACCAGCACGUUAGGAUCCUACUGCAGAAUGUCAUUCAAGGAAUGGAGUUUAACUUCAGGAGAAUCAAUACGAGGAACCUUGGCACCCCCUAUGACUACAACUCUGUCAUGCACUAUGGAAGGUUUGCCUUCUCUAGAAACCGGCAGCCAACCAUUGUUCCCAUUCCGAAUGAGAAUGUAGCCAUCGGGAGAGCCACCACCAUGAGCGCAACUGACAUUCUUCGAGUGAAUCGCCUUUAUCGCUGCAAUACAACUGCAACCAUACCUGCAAUGAAGCCCGUGUGGAGGAACCAGGUCUUCUAGAAAUGCAAGAAACCAAGAAGACGUGAAACAGACUGAUGCAGCUUUUUAUCUACAUGCAAAGCCUGCAAUGCAUCUUGUGUCUCCUGAAUGAGCUUUAAUAAAGUUCUUAAUUUGGUUAAUUUUGCUUUUAUGCUGAUCCAAAGCUAAGUGCACAGUACUAGCAAUUGAGCUGUCCAUUCUCAUCAUUCUAAAUUGAAAUGAAUAACUGCUUGCCAGCUUGAUGAAAUACUAAAAAUAAAUAAAGUUUACAUUUAUUCUGAUCUCAAA